AUGGUUUAAAUAGCUAUCCGUCACGGAGCAAGAUAUUCACUUUAUCCUGAGUUAAUAAAAGAUAAGCCUUAUUAUCUCUAUUAUAAAGAAAGAGAAGGAUAAUUAUCAUCAGUUGGCAUGCUUUAACAGUAUAAUUUAGGCACUCUUAUACGUUAAGAUUAUGUUACUAAUUAAAAAUUUCUUCCAGGAAAUUACGAUGUUAAUAGUAUAUAUGCAUUUUCUUCUAAUGUAAAUAGAACUUUAUAGAGUUUAUAAAGUUUCUUAAUUGGCUUAUAUCCUCUCAGAACUGGUAUAACAUUACUUUGA